CAAAUCAGUGAAAUAGCUAAACAUCACUGAAGUGAAAGAAGACAAGCAACUUUACCUAAUAGUAGCUAGCAAAUUAGGGCUAUCUUGACACUGUUGAUAAAUUAAUUAUAUUGCCAGUGGAACGUGAUUCAGAAAUAUCUGGAGAGCAACCAUGGAGGGAGCAAGUGCUUUUAUGACCCCGUGCAAGCAAGAUGGGAUGAAGAGGAGUUCUGCUGGAUCCUGUGGAACACCGAUAACUAUUCCCGCGUCUCCUUUUAUGAAAAAACUGGGAUGUGGAACUGGAGUGAACGUGUAUCUCAUGAAAAGGAUGGGCAAACAGACCCAUUCUCCCUGGGCCAUAAAAAAGAUCAACAGCAAGUGUGCAGAAACACGGCUGAAUGUUUAUCAGAAAAGACUGUGUGAAGAGGCCAAGAUUCUGAAAGGCCUACAGCACCCAAACAUUGUUGGAUUCCGUGCCUUCACUACCGCUAAAGAUGGGUCCAAGUGCCUGGCUAUGGAGUACGGAGGGGAGCAGUCUCUGAAUGACCUGAUCGAGAGGAGGAGAGAGGAGGGACAAAGUGCUUUCCCAGCCAAGACCAUAGAGAAGGUGGCCCUGCAUGUGGCACGAGGACUCCAGUAUCUUCACAAUGAGAAGAAGCUUCUACACGGAGACAUGAAAUCCUGCAAUGUUGUUAUUAAAGGAGACUUUGACACCAUCAAAAUCUGUGAUGUGGGUGUCUCGCUGCACUUGGAUGAGAACAUGCAAGUGAGUGACCCUGAAGCACACUACAUUGGGACAGAACCAUGGAAGCCCAAAGAGGCUUUGGAGGGAGGGGUUAUCACUGAUAAAGCAGACAUCUUUGCCUAUGGACUGACCCUGUGGGAGAUGAUGACCCUCUCUGUACCGCACCUGGAGAUGCUGGACAGUGAGGAUGAUGAAGAUGAGUCUUUUGAUGAGGAUGACUUUGAUGAGGACGCGUACUAUGAAAGAUUGGGGUCACGGCCACCCCUGGACACAGAGAGCUUGGGGGGUUCCUACCAGCGAAUGGUGGAGCUCUUUUGCCUGUGCACCAGCGAAGACCCACUCAGACGGCCUUCUGCUGCUCAGAUUGUCCAAGCACUUGAGAGUCACCAGCAAGCAGAGAACAAGAACAAUGAAGUCAUUAUUAUUGAGUGACCUUUCAGGCAGGUUUUGCCAGGUUAUUACUGUAAUUGAUUAUGA